GUGUCCUCUGCUCUGGCCGUCUCGACCUCUCCGUGUCCGGUGUCGAGUCUGUCUGGCUGCCAACCCGGAUGCUCCUUGCCUCGUGUCCGUCGACAAGACUGCCCGCUCCCAUCUAGAAUCACGCGGCUGCUCAAGCGUCGCUUACUCCGCUUAGCCGACUCAUUACACUACCCCACUACGCUUCCGGUGAACAGACGCACCACCCACAUCGACUCCCUCUACUCUACUCUACUCCUACCCUGCCUACUCCUACCCUACUCUACCCCCAAAAAAAUAACUUUGUUCCAACCAAAGUCUCUGCUACGCCUUCCAGAAUACACACCCUCCCGUCGCCGUUGA